AUGGAGUCUAAUCUCAAACACGUCCAAGAAGACGAACUUCGUGCUCUGAGCUCGAUUUUUAACGCUGCAUUGAAAGAUCUUCGUAGUAAACGUGAUAAACGUUUACGUCCACCUUAUUUCUCAUUGACAAUAACUCCUCUACGAUCGAAUAGUACUGCAGCUGAAACGAAUAAUGAGCCGACUUUUGACUUAAUCGUCCAAGAAACGACACAGUACCCAAGCGAACUCCCAGAAAUACAAUUGAUUAAUCCAAAACAUGUCACACUCGAAGCUCUAGAACGAUGCGAAAAAGAACUGCGGAUUCAAAUGCAAAAUUACCUUGGAGUCGAAAUGAUCUAUUCGUUGGCACUCUACGCUCAAGAGUUUUUAGAUAAUUUUCGUCCAAGAAAACGAACACCACCACAAAUUCAAUCAAUACCUGAAGCCAGCCCGGAAAAUGAUAAUGACCAGCAAAUUGAGCGAGAGAUCGAUGCUAUUCGGGAACGGUAUACCAAAGAAGCAGAAAAACAACGACAUAGAAUGGUACGUAUUAUUCUAAUUUUAAUUCAACAAAAUCAACUUCAUUCAUUCCAGAGUGAAACAACGUCAACGAAACCUGCAACAUUUGCUCGUAUCAGCUCAGAAACAAUCCUUAAGUUCGAAAAUCCAACUGAUAUUACUGUUCGCCGUGGUCAUAUUUUACAUAAAGAAAUGCACCCAAUUAUUCCCGAUCAAAUUCUGAACAUCUCUUAUCUCUGUACGAACAGCGACUCGGCACAUAUUUAUUGCCUCCACGAAUGGAAUUUCGAAAACACGUUACCGGAUGACAAAACAAGUGAUCAAGAAGAUUUUCGUGCACAAUAUCGUCGUGAGAUCGGAAAUAUUGAAAACGAUAUGAAGCAUUUAAUCAACGUCAAACAUCCUUUACUGUGUAAAAUAGUGGCCUAUCAAUAUGUUGUACACGAUACAGCUGUUUAUACAUUUCGAGUUUUAACAGAAUGGCCAGAAGCGACUUCGCUUGAAGUAUUCGAUUCAUGUCCAAUCUCGGAAUGCUUACUAAAACGAAUCGCAAUAUGUCUGUGUGAUGUGCUUUCACAUUUACAUUCCAAAUCAAUCAUUCAUCGUGCAAUCAAUAUGAAAUCAGUGUAUCUGUGCUCCGGUGGAAUUAAACUAAUGCGAACAGGUUUCGUUCGUCGAUUGAAUGAUCUCCAUAUUCUUUUUCACGAAAAUCAACUACCUCGAUCAUUCCAUGGCUCUUAUAAAAAUGAUAUUUAUGAUCUGGGUUUACUUUUACUUAAUUUGGGUACUGGACGAGUCCAUGAUUGUAUUCUCGAUGCACCAUCAACGCUAUCGGAUCGAUUCCGAGAUUUCUUACAACGUUGUGCAAAUGGCGAAUCGCUAAAACAAUUAGCAGCAGAUCCGUUUCUUGUUCAUACAAACGAAGCCCAAGCCAAUUUCGAUAGACUGAUUUCAGAUUCUGAGAACCGUGAUACGAAUUCAACAGGUCAUAGUCAUGAUGAAAUGCUCGUAUCUGCGCAAUCGCGUUUAAAAUCUGAUUUCGAAGUGAUUGGAAGUAUCGGUCGAGGAGGUUUUGGACAAGUUUUCAAGGUACAAAACAAACUGGACGGAUGUUUCUAUGCUGUGAAACAAAUUCUGCUCAAAGGUGCCAACAAGCAUUUAAACAAAAAGAUCACUCGAGAAGUCAAAUUGCUUUCAAAAUUGAACCAUCAAAAUAUCGUAAGAUACUACAGUACGUGGACUGAACAAAUGCCUCUAAAAAAUGAGAACAAGUCUUCAAACGAUGGAUCAGCAACUGGAGCGCGUAAAUCGCAUUUGUCUUCCAAAAAGAAAACAGUCAAUGGCGACAGUCUACGAAAUGAAAUCCAAGGUAUGAUUCCGGACCUAUCAAGUUCGAAUGAACAGCAGAAUGGAGAUGACAGCUCGUCGGAUACGACAUCUUCUUCGAUACCUUCGUCAGACGACGAAAGUGGAGUAUUUGAUACGAGAACGUUCCAUCCUAUUGAACGAAGUGAAGAUGUUGUUUUCUUCGACAAUGAAAACAAUGACGAUGAAAAAUCAGAAGCACAAGUGAACGGAAAGAAAAACGAUCGAUCGAGCUCAUCAUCGUCAGUCACAAGCAAUUCCGAUCAAAAUAUACAACGAGUUCUCUUCAUUCAAAUGGAAUAUUGUGAAGGUAAUACAUUGAAACAAUUGAUAGAUCGAGGUAUUUUACAAGAAAAACCGAAUAUGAUCUGGAUGUUACUACGUGAAAUUCUUGACGGUCUUCGAAAUAUGCACUCCAAUAGAAUUAUUCAUCGAGAUCUAAAGCCAGGAAAUAUUUUGCUCGAUUCCAAUGGACACGCAAAAAUUGGAGAUCUUGGCCUUGCUACGAUCAGUAAACUUUCUGGUUAUACGGAUUCAUCUACACAAGCAGAAGCGCAUCCGAAUGCAAGAACAAGCUGGUCACUAGAGCUCAAAGACGGUGGACUGAUUAGUACUCCUGUUGGUACAACGUACUACAUAGCACCCGAAAUGUUAAGCGGCCAACGAAUCGCUCCGACUGAAAAAAUCGAUAUCUACAGUUUGGGUAUAACAUUUUUCGAAAUGUGUUAUCCAUUUAAUACAUCGAUGGAACGAGCGAAAACUCUAUGUGAACUGCGUCGACCAGAAAUUCAUGUUCCAGAUCAUUUUCGCCAAAAGUCAUUUUCACGUCAUUAUGAACUUGUGAUACAAAUGCUUAACCAUGACCCUGACAAGCGACCAAGUGCAAACACCCUAUUAGAAUCGAACAUCAUUCCAUUCGAACAAGAAGAGCAAUUUGAACAACUCUUAGACAGUAUGAUUAAUAGUUCGAACAACGAUCUGCAAUCAUUUUACUAUCGAAAAACAAUUACAAAAUUGUUUCAAAGAAAAAACAACAUCGCACGUGAUGCAACAUUCGAUCCUGAUACGCAAAUCGACUUUAACAAAUUAUCAGUAUUCCAUCGUGAAUCACAACUAUAUGCUAGUCUCCGAAAUACUUUCAUUCGUGUUUUUGAAAAGUACGGUGCGUUCUUAAUUCGACUGCCAAUAUUUAUACCUGAAACAUCACUUUACACUAAAAAUGAAUGUUCAAGUUUGAAAUUUAUUUCUUCUUCUGGCUUGAUCGUGUCACUGGCAUUUGAUUCGAAAGUACCACUAGCACGUUUUAUCGCUCGAUGUGUAUCACAUUAUGGCUUGAAUGGUUUGACAACUAUGAAAUGUUAUCAAAUUGGAAAUGUUUAUCGCGAAAGUGUGUCUGAAAUGCAUCCACGAGGAUUGACAGAAUGUGGUUACGAUAUCGUAUUUACGCAAAAUACAUUGCUUCCGGAUGCAGAAAUUUUGGCUGUGAGUCAAGAUAUUCUCGAAGAAUUACCAUCGGAAAAAAGACAAAAUGUUUUCAUUCGAAUUAACCAUAGUCAAUUAUUACGUGCUAUUCUGAUCUUCUUCGAUGUACCGACCGAUAAGAUUAGUGCAUGCUUAGCAGCAAUCAAUAAAAGUCGAUUCGAUUCGGUGAGUUCAGCAGUUGCAAUGCACUUAUUAGAAAACGGUGUUAGCGAACAAACAGCUAAUCGUAUUCAAACAUUAUUGAAUAAAGAUGAACCAUUUCAUGAUUGCAUUAAUCAUUUAAAAGGAUUUACGAAAGCAAAAACUGAAGGGUCAAAAUUAUUGAAAAAUAUCGUGGAAGAACUAGAAACCAUCGUCAACUACGCACGCUGUUUUGGUGUAACUCUUCCUAUUCGAUUAACACUUCGAUUUGUUACACUUAAUUCAAUAUUGGACAUCAACACUUUUUCGGGUUUUAUUUUUCAAUUGGCAUCCGAUGUUCAACGAAAGAAACGAUUGACCUAUGAAGUCUAUGCUGGUGGUGGUCGUUAUGAUCCAUUACUCGCUCAUUUUCGACGACCAUCUCAAAAGAAAUUCUCCAAUGAUUUACCACAUAUCGUUGGUGUGAGCUUUGAUAUGGAACGUUUUCUUCAAGUGCCAACGACACGAACAACAAGUCGAUCUCGUUCAUUAAAUAUACCGAAAACUUGCGACACGGUGAUCUGUCUGGGUAGUCACGCAGUAGAAUUGUUGCGUCUUCGAUUGGAACUUGUCUCGAUCGGAAUCGGAGUGGACACUUUUUAUGAAUUACCAUCGAAUUUUGAAAUUCUCGACGAUUAUUGUUUGUCGUGUGGCUAUACACAUCUCAUAUAUGGUAAAGAGGAUUCGAAUGAUGAGAGUUUCCGCUUCCGUACCUAUGAAAAUGAUAAAGUCAGCACAGAUAAACGCCUAUCGAGUGGUCAAAUCGUUCAAUACUAUCGCAAUGAUAAUAAUAUUCCCAGUCUAAUCAAUACAAUUAGCAAUGGAGCUUCGUCAAAUCUAUUCAACGACAUAGAGCAAUUAUUACCUCCACAAACAGUAGGUACGCCUGGUGGAUUAUCAUUGAAGACUGCUCCGUCUCUGUCUACGAUCAGUUCAAAUAGUGAUCCUGUUAGCGCCGGUGCGCAAUUAGCUAUCUAUCAAUAUUUAAUUGAACCAGCACAUAAGGCAAUUCCAAAGAAGAAAAUUGAAAACCAGGUACAAUAUAAAUUAUCAUCGAUCUCAUCCUUGUUUACAUCGAAAAGUCGCAUAGAAGUAUUUGUUUUUGAUAUGCCUGAUUCCAUCUUAACACUUAUUAUUUCCACGUUGUUAAUCGAAGAUGAAGUAUCAUACAAUACAUCGAUACCUACGAUUAUUAAGCAGAUUCCUCAGACGCGCUUUCAUGAUACAAUCUAUCGUUUUUCUACCCAAUUUAAAGAGGUACGAUUCCAAAAGAAAUCUAAAUUAUUCGUCAUUUCGUCUUAUAAAACUGACUUUUAUCGAUUUAUGGCCGCGUUCACUUGA